UCUCGCGAGACUAGGCGACUUUCCCUGGCUGUCGGAAGCCGCGGACUUCUCCGGGGUUGUUGGUAUCCCCCACGGCGUGAUGCCCUCGCCGUUCUCGGUCAGAGCCUUCCCGGUCAGCAUCCCCGCGGUGAUCAUGGAGACCGACUGGACAGAGCCGUGGCUCCUAGGGCUUGUCACCUUCCAUCUGCUGUGCCUCCUUCUCACGUGCUUCUCAUCACAGAGGUAUAAACUCCAGAUUGGACACUUCCUGUGCUUAGUAGGGUUAGUCUAUUGUGCUGAGUAUAUCAAUGAAGUGGCUGCAAUGAAUUGGAGAUUGUUUGCAAAAUAUCAGUAUUUUGAUUCCCGGGGGAUGUUCAUAUCCAUCGUGUUCUCGGCACCAUUGCUGUUCAAUGCUAUGGUCAUUGUGAUUAUGUGGAUACAGAAGACUUUGAAUGUGAUGUCUGACCUGAAGAGCUUGCAAGCAAAGAGAAAGGAGAGGAAAAGGAGAAGAAAAGAAGAAUAAUGCCUCGCUGUUGCUAUGGACCUUGUUUUCCCUCCAACUUGGUUGUUUCCAGCUGUAAGCUGCACAUGGCCCAGAUGUCCUCUGUCACCUGACUCAUGGUUUGGAAAAUGGUUCUUCUAUUUUACACCCACAAAGAUAGAGGCCUCACUAAAGCUGUUUCUUAAAAGAGCUAACAAUGUCACCUGGAUGUAUGUUGAAUGUGGACCCACAUUUGCAUGGUGGGAGCUUUCUGGUUCAGCCACAGGAAGAAACUUGCACAGCUUGUCACAGUUUGCUGGUAGACCUCAUUAUAUAACUAGAGUUCACUCAGUUUUGAGUGCGGAAACAGAAAUAAACAGCGCCAUCCUGCUGUGGCACCACUACCUGCUCACUCUCCUGUUUCUACCCUGUAGUGGUUGCUCUCAGUUAAGAGUUAUUUUGAAACCAGGCAGUUUCAAACUUCCUUUAAUCCCAGCACUUGGCAGGCAGAGCCAGGUGGAUCUCUUGUGAGUUCCAGGCCAUCCUGGGCUACAGAGUGAGUUCCAGGAGAGGCACAAAGCUACACAGAGAAACCCUGCCUCAAAAAACCAAAGGGGGUGGGGAGUUAUUUUCUUCCCCCAGAGACUUUGAUGACAUUUGUCACCACAAAUGGGCAUGGUACUUGUGUCUGUUGGGUAGAGACUAGGAUGCUGAAAUCCUACAGGGCCCAGGACAGCCCCAUCGUGGAAUAUUGUUCUGUAUAUAAUGUCAGCAGUACCCAGGCUGAGGGAACUGUGGGACAGGUCUGGAAAAGAAUGCAGUAAUCAGUUCCCAUGAAGCUAAGCCUCUAAAGAAUCGAGUUGGGACUAUGCCACUGAAAAUGUUUUGUUUAAAAAUACUAAUCUAGAAUGGGAGCUGUAAAGUCAAGACUCCAUGGAAAAUAGUAUGUCAAAUGAACCGUUUGGUUUUGUUUUUUCUGGGUAUAAAAUUAUAAAUACUUGCAUACUCGGUGAAUGACUUAGUUGUUUCUACACAGACUGUGACAAGUGCAGACCAGUUCUUCCUGAGUGUCACAUGCUGGAGUUUGUCGAGCACAGAGAAGGGCAGAUAGCCUCUCUUCUCUUUUGUCAGAUAUCCUUAGUGUUUAUGGAAUCUGGAGCAAUAAAUCCCCAGAAAUUGCAAAUGACUGGAGACCCAGAAAUUAAACAGUAUUUAAUACUGGGAAUUCUGUAGACUCUUAGCUUUAGUUUAAAGAAAUAAUUUGUGAAUUAUUUUCUUUAUUUAAUAGGAAUUUUUUCCUUCCUAAAUGAAACAGUCUUCAAAAUUCUAAAAUAAAAAUCUAGAUAAAAGUGUUUAAAAGGUUAAAAGUAGACAGUUCAAUAGAUUACAGUUAUGUUCUGAAAUCCAGAUACUCAGUUUUAAAUGUUUAUGAACUCUUAGUAGAAAGCCUGCUGACGGAAUUGUGAAUCUGAUAAUCCUAAGGUGUGAGCCUGGGGCUCCGUCACGAAGCCACUGCAACACUAAACCUGAAUUGUGUUCUCAAUUUCUUGAUUUGUUCCACUUUUACAUUGAACAAAAGUACCAAAGGAAAUAGCAUAGUAUAGUAAGUCAGUUUUUAAAUUUAAAAUCACACUGUUAAGUCAUGGACAUUGCAUCUAAGGGUAUAUCUAAUUAUGUGAUUCUGAAAAUUACUGGUUCAGGUUGUUCAAUCAUUUUUAUGGUUACAAAGGUAUUCACAAUAACAUUGAUUAGUUUCACAGAAAAUAAGAACAAAUUGGUCAAUUAUAUUUGGUUAGAUAAAUCUGAAGCAGGAGAGUGUCAAGUAGGUCUAGAACUCACCAACCAGAUCUGUUCCCCUUGACCUUUGUGUUCAAAGCUUGUGCAAAAUGGGUCAGAGAGGGCUUGAGCUGCCUGAGUUCUGGCUUUGUCCAGGGCAGCUUCCUGGGUGUUGAAGAGACUAGAGAGGAAUGAGGGCGCUUGUGGAUUCCGUGCAUUCUAAGACAACACUGUUACCAGUCACACAUUGUUUGGACCGCCUGUAUUUGGAACCACCCAACUUAAUCUGUUUUUCUCCGGUAAAAUAGUACAAAGGUAUUGUUUACUUCACCAUGUGUUGAUAUUAAUACCUCAGGCUUUAUAUAGCUAUGACCUUGACUUUUAGGCUUUUGUGCCUUGUCUCUGUAUAUGUGGUUGUAGAUGCACAUGUGCUUAACUUUUUUUAAAAAAAGGAAUAUUUUGGGUUGGAGAGAUGGCUCAGUUAGUACUUCCCUUUUAAGCAUGAAGACCUAAGUUUUAACUCACUUAAAAUUUGUGCAUAAAUUAUAAUCCCAGUACUGGAGAUGUGGAAAUAGACAGACGUCUAGAGUUUCCUAACCAGCCAGCCUACUUGGCUAGCUCUAGGCCAGAGAGACUGUCUCAAAAAUGAGAUGGGAACUUACAGGAUAGCUCAGUGAGUAGAGGUGGUUGCUGCCAAGCAGUGCAGUCCAAGUUCAGUUCCUGGAAAACCCACUUGCUGAAAGGAAAGAACCAACUCCUAUAAGAUGUCCUCUGACUGUGUGUGUACACACACACACACACACACACACACACACAAAGUAGAUGUUUAAAAAAAAACAUAGUAGGCAUUCCUGAGGAGCAACACCUGUGGUGGUCCUCUGGCUUUCGCACAUGUAUGUGUGCAUACUGGUACACACAUAACACAUAAACAAAUGUUUUGUAUUUUGUGAAACUUACACUCAGUGGCUAAAAUUAUAUUUUGAGGAAUUGUCGUAAUAUUGUCCUUAUAUUAAGGAAAACCCUGCAAGCCAGAAUUAUGAACAAGCAAUUGGGUUUGUCAGUGCAGCUCUGAGGAUUUUACAGAUUUGACCAGUGCUGUGUUCACACUUCUGUACUGCAAGGUUCUCGGGCAAUUUGAGAGACAUAAGGAAACAUUCCUUUAAAGAGUAGUUAUGGAAAGCAAAGGCCUGUGAUAACCAUUUUACACAUUCUACCCAUUAAACCUUAUGUUUGUUGAUUACUGUGCAUUACUAUACAAUAAAAUCUGUUUGAUAAUA